GGUGCAGCCUUAGUUUCCCUAUAUUGUAGUGCCAAUUUGCAAAUCUGAAUAAGGGAAUUUGCAGUUAACAUGUAGCGGAUCUCCGGAUAGAAAUGGCUCAAUUUGUCACGCACAUCCAGCCCACUUUGGUGGAGGCUUCCCACCAUCACAUUCCGCACCCUCACCUGCACCACCACAAGGAACACCAAGACUACUACAAGGACCAUCACGAAAAGCACGAGAAGCACCACAAGGAGGGCGCGGAAGGCAGCAAAGAUCAUCACGGCAAAGAGAAGCACGGCACUAAAGUGCAACUUUCCAAAAUUGGCCAUUCUCCUCAACAUUAUCCCGUACUUCCAGCAACCCCCAGCCACCAUCACCACGACGAGCACGUCGACCACGAGCACAAAAGAGAUUCCGGCCAGUAUUUGGAUUCGCACGGCAUUCCGCAUACGUAUCAGUUGCAUUUCAUCGAUUCCCAAGGAAUUCACAGGGAUUUCCACGGGCACGUCGAAGACAAUUACGUAGAAAAGGAGGAAGUGUUUGUUAGGAAAGCGGUUCCGGAAGAUCGGUCGCCUUACGAAAAAUCGCCGAUCAGGGACGAAAAACGACCGGUACCGCCUCAAUUUAUUCAUUUGCAUACCGUACACGGUACUACUGAGAAUAAACAUCAAACUGUAAGUAGAUAUUUGGAUUUUCUUUAUGGUGUAUCAUACUAUUAA